UGGGCCCGCCUUGCUCGCCCCACUACAGCUUUUUCAACGAGAUUGAGAUUGGGAUUCUCGCGGCGCUGCUGAUCUCCGCGUUCGGAGGUGCCACACCAUGUAUGCAGACGAAGGUCUGCUUCCCGAUGCGCAACAAAAGGUGGCUGAGACGCGCCUGGACCCCAACUGCUCCCGCUACACUUCGCUCGUGCCUGGGCUACCAGCAACGUCUCGCACUGCACUACAGCAUACAGCAAGCAAGCAGUCAACAAUGCUGCCGGAACUGGCCUUCGAAGCGCUCGAAAGUGGCCUGCCCUUCGAAAGUAUAAAGAGGAGCCAUGAUGCGCGGCAUUCCUCGUUGACUGAUUCGCUCCCCUAGCUUGCCCACAGCAUCUCCACCCUCAAGACCCUGC